AUGGCUUUAUUAUCCUUGCUCUUCGUGCUCGUGCAAAGCCUGAUCCAGUACCCUCAGCCGGCUGGGGAUGGGCUGGAUGAGGUCACGCACUGGCGAAUGCAAGAGCGUCAGGAGCUGCUGGACCGCGAGAUGGCUCGGCUGCUGCAGGAGCUGGAGCAGGGGCCCCCGGAGCAGCAGGACGAGGGCUGGGGAGCCGUGCUCUUUGGUGCUCUGCAGCAGUGGCCAUUCUGGGUUCUUGCUGGAGUCCUGCUCCUCUUGGGCCUGUGGUUUAGCUGCAGGAGAAGGAGCCGUGAAGCCAGCAGCAGCAGCAAGGACCAGAGCUGCAAGACCUUGAGAGAUGAGAGAGGAAAAGAACAGGAAAGAGACAGUGUUGAUUCAAGGGAAGGUGAAAACUUUGACGUGACUGUGGAGGCAGACGAUGACGGCAGUGGAUAUGACAGAGAAGACAGUCCUGUGGCUUCAAAUGAGAGAGAUGAUGAUGAUGCCAUUGAAGACAAUGAUGAGGUGAAGGAGAAGGAAGACAGCGAUGUUAAGAGUGACAAUGGCCAUGACUUAAAGAAAGAUGAGGAAUGGAGUGAUGAGAAUGUGCCAGGAGACAAUACUGCUGAAGGAAAUGAAGAAGAACCUGGCAGUGUUGCUGGAAAUACAGAAGGCCUUGAUGAAGCAAAUGAAGGAGAAAACAAGGAUGUGCAGGUGGAGCAAGACAAGGACGCUGGAAAGGAAGAAGAAGGAGAUGGAAAUGAAGGAGAAAACAAGGAUGUGCAGGUGGAGCAAGACAAGGACGCUGAAAAGGAAGAAGAAGGAAAUGGAAAUGAAGCAAAAAACAAUGGUGGAAAUAUGAAGGCAGGCAACAGAGAUGUAAAUGAAGGUGAAGACAAUGUAGAUGGAAAGGAAGAAUACACGGAUGUGCAAGUGCAGGAAAGCAGUGAUGCCAGUGAACAGAGAAGCAGUGAUUGGACUGGGCAGGAAGACAGCAGUGGAAUUGAUCGUGGGAAGGAAGUUGACGAUAGUGGUUUUCCUGCAACUGUGGAAGAAAAUAAGGAAAUUGAAAAAGAAGAUGAUGAUGAUCGAAGCAAGGAUGAAGAGCAGGGUGGUGUAAAUGUGGAGGGAAACAAGAACAAGGACAGAAAAGAAGACGAACAAGGUAAUGUGGCUGCCAGUGAAAAAGAAGGCAGUGAUGGUGGCAAGGAAGAAAGCGGCAGUCGUGGAAUUGAAGACAGAGAAGACGGCCGAGAUGCUGGGUAUACGCAAGGCAUCCUUUUAGUGGAUCACAUAGAGUGGCCUGUGGAGGACCUGGAGAGAGGUUGCUCAGUGACAGCUGAGCUGAUGGAAAGCUUCACGCGUGUCUUUGUGGACAGCGUGAGAAAUAGUUUCUACCCGGUGCCUCAGGAAGCCAUUGGAGUGGGCAGUGCCUUUGAGGGUUGGAGUCCCCGUGAGUGGGAUGGGAUGUACCGGGUUCUGAUCCCACUGAAUCCCCCGCCAGGGCAUGCCUUCCACCCAGAGCUUAACAGCGCAGGGCAGGUGGCAGCAAGGACCUUCAGUGUCCGUGUGGAGCUGGUGUGCACGUGCAAGAGGGAGCAGCUGGGCAAGCAGCUGUUGUGCUUCGUGCACCACUCGCAGGAGGAGCUGCGGCGGAAGCGGAAGCGCAGCCUCCUAGAGACACUUUGCACCGGCUCCUACCUGGAUGUGGAGAAAACCUCCCGCUGGUUCCGCCAGUUGGUGAGGUCCUCUUGGCUGCAUGUGCCUCAGUCAUACUCCUGGCACUUGGUGUUUCAGCCCUGCAGCCGGUCCUGCCAAUUCCAGCUGAGCAAAGGCAAGAAGAGCCUGACGGUGGAGAUGCUCUUUGGGGCCCAGAAAGGCAGCUCCAGCAUCUUUGUGAGCAGCCAGCCUGCUGAGGCCAACUUCAUUGCAAGCACAGCGUGGCCUGAGACAUACGCUGUGGCAGAGGCAAAAUUCUUCCAUCACGUUGCCAGCCAGAUGCCAUGUGAGAGUUUGCACCUGAAAUGUCUGCAGGUCUUCACCUGCAUCCUGAGGGGCACAGGUUUUUCCAGCUCUACCUGGAAGACUGUGGUCAUGCACGUGCUGACCACUGUACCGCUGUCCCGGUGGAGCAGGAGGGAAUUUGCGCGGCGGCUGUGGGACAUCAUGGCAUACCUGCGCCGCUGCCUGCAGUUGAAACGCCUGGAGCACUUUGUGCUUGGCAACGAGAGGCUUCCUGCAGAGAUCAGCUUGCCACCAGCAAUGCAAGGGGUUGAGCCACUCAACCUCUUUGAGCACCUGGCCCAAAAUCCGGCUGCCCACAGAGAGGCGAUGCGAGCUUAUGGUCAGCUGCGAUUUCGCCUCUGGAUGCUGCUCUCCAGCCACUGA